UUUAGAGAAGACAAGGACACACAUUACCAGUUUGUUAGGGUGUCUGGGUAGACAUGGCACGGCUGCUGAGGAGUAGUUUACGACCGUAUUUCACGAGUCAGAUCCGGAUGAGCUCGGAUCAGCUCGGGGAGUUGGGGAAGGGUGCCGGUAAAGGCGGAGGAGGGGGCGGGUCGAUAAGAGAAGCUGGGGGCGCCUUCGGGAAGAAAGAAGCAGCGGAAGAAGAGCGUUACUUUAAGCAGAAAGAGAAGGAGCAGCUGGCAGCUCUGAGACACCACCACCAGGAGGAGAUCGAGCACCAUAAGAAAGAGAUUGAGAGGCUGCAGCGCGAGAUCGACCGUCACAAGGGCAAGAUCCGAAAACUCAAACAUGACGACUGAGUUCGAGCCACUGCUGGCAUAAGUGCUUCUCUCUAGUUCUGCCAUAAUCACUCAAUGUCUGAUCUGGAAUCUCUUGUGAUCGACUGAACUGAUGGAUGAAUAAAGAUUAUAGGAAUUUUUUUUCAAAGUGAUCAGUCUGCCAGCAUCUUGAUUUUGAUUUAGGCUUUCAGAAGUUUAGAGAAAAGCUUCCUUUUCUGGCUUGUUUUGACGUGGUUUUACUGAUGAGUGUAGCAAUCUGCUGCCUUUUGAAACCAUCCUCCCCUCUUCUCUAGCUCAGCUGUUAAUGUAGUUCUCUUGACUGGUACUUUCCAUCUUUUUUUCUUUUUGUCUCAUGUCUCCAUGCCAAGAUUCUAUCCAUGAUUCCCAUAAAUAAAUUCAUUUGCAAUAAACAUUAUCUGAAUGAAAAUAA